AUGAUCUGCUUCAUCGUGCUCAAACGGUGCUCGACGAUGUCUAAACGACCAAUGCAGAACAAGUGGUUAAUGUUCCUGGACGGUCGUGAACGCUAUGAUGUUUCUAAGUGGAUUGCUGGUUAUCUGGUCAAGAACGACAACCACCGCUCCGUGAAGUACGAUGACAUUGAGUUGUAAUAACGAUGACUAUAGCUUUGAAGAUGAGUCCGAGAUGGAUAACAUUGAUCAGUUUGGUGGAUUCUGAAGUUCCCGACGGUAGGACAGAUUACCAGGUCUUCCAACGAAAAGAUCAGUUAGCAGGGAUGAAGUUGACGACUGUUGAGGCUUGA